AUGGAGUGGAGAGGAAUCCUAUGCUCUCUCUUCUUUAUUAUUUCCAUGGGGGAGUCUUCUAGUAGAUUAAGGAUGAUGUGGCUUCCUAACCUCGGUGUUGUUGAUGUUGUUGGAACAUACUUUACUUGGCCAAUCUUAAGUGCCAGUAUUUUCGUGGCUGUUGCCUUCAUCCUCUCCAUGUAUCUUAUCUUUGAGCACCUAGCUUCUUAUAAUCAGCCUGAGGAACAGAAGUUUCUUAUUGGACUUAUUCUGAUGGUCCCUGUAUAUGCCCUAGAAUCGUUUUUGUCUUUGCUGAAUUCAGAAGCAGCUUUUAACUGCGAGGUGAUUAGGGAUUGUUAUGAAGCUUUUGCGCUCUAUUGCUUUGAGAGAUAUAUGAUAGCUUGCCUAGAUGGAGAAGAACGUACGAUUGAAUUCAUGGAACAACAGACAGUUAUCACCCAGACCACUCCUCUUCUUGAAGGCACAUGUUCUAAUAAAAUUGUGGAGCAUCCUUUUCCAAUGAACUGCUUCCUAAAAGACUGGAACCUUGGUCCUCAGUUUUAUCAUGCUGUGAAAAUUGGCAUCGUUCAAUAUAUGGGUGUUUCUGCUGUGGUUCAUCUCUAUGUCUUUCCAGCAGCUCCUUACAAGCGUGGAGAGAGAUGUGUCCGUAACGUAGCAGUAAUGUCGGAUUAUGCUUCUAUAGAUACACCUCCUGAUCCAGAAGAGGUUAAAGACAGUGAAAGAACAACAAGAGUGCGGUAUGGUAGACAUGAUGAGAGUGAGAAACGCUUGAAUUUCCCACAGAGUGUGCGUGAUGUGGUGAUGGGGAGUGGUGAAAUCAUUGCUGAUGACAUGAGGUUCACAGUAUCUCACGUGGUGGAGCCUGUUGAAAGAGGAAUAGCGAAGAUAAACAGAACGUUCCAUCAGAUAUCUGAAAACGUGAAAAGGUUUGAGCAGAAGAAGAAGAAGACAAAGGAUGAUUCAUAUGUGAUUCCACUGAAUCCAUGGACGAAAGAGUUCUCAGAGGUUCAUGAGAAUCUCCAUGAAGGAGGGAGUGUGAGUGACAGUGGUUUAGGAAGGCAUCACCGGUCUAGAGCCUCGGGACUGUGGACUAGAAUGCGAAGGUGA